UGGAAAUGGAACAACAACCGUACCUAUAACUCAAGGUGCGGUGCUUUACUACUAUCCUUAUAUUGAGGGUAUAGUGCCAUUUGAUGGUUAUCGUGAUAAAGUAGACUUUUCCAAAUUCUUAAUAACUCGAUUGGUCCAUGCCCUAUUAGCGGAAACGUUAACGUCAACUUUACAAUUACUAAACCUCUCCCAAUUUACCCAUAUUUGCCAGCUCCUUACAGCUCUUUUAUUAUUAGGAUAG